CGGGAGCAUUCCCCCAUAGUUCAGUCGUGCUUCGGUUUUUCCUUCGCCAGAAGGAAGAUAAAAGAAACAGUAUCUUUUUCUCCGCGAGAGAGGAAAUACGUUAAAGGUUUUCAUAUCUCGUUUAACCCAAAACUCUAGCGAUGGACGGGAUAGAACAGUGGAAGGAGCAAUUAGAGCAGUUGAAGAUUCAAUUGGAGCCGUGGAAGAAUCAAGUGGAGCAGUGGUUGCAUCCUGCUAUUGAAUAUUUGAAUGAAAUACCCCCAACUCAACUCUAUGUUGCUAUUGCUGUCUUGCUCAUGACUAUCUUUCUUUUCUCCAUUCGCUUGUUCAGACGCACAAAAUCAAAUACCAUUAUACUCACUGGCCUUAGUGGGAGCGGAAAAACUGUUCUUUACUAUGUGCUUCGUGAUGGUUCCUCACAUCAGGGUACUGUUACAUCAAUGGAACCAAAUGAGGGGACUUUCGUGAUGAACUCUGAAAGUAACAAGAAGAGAAAAGUCAAGCCUGUCCAUCUUGUUGAUGUUCCUGGGCACUCUCGUUUGCGGCCCAAACUGGAUGACUUCUUGCCUCAAGCAGCUGGCAUUUUGUUUGUUGUGGAUGCUGUGGAGUUCUUACCAAAUUGCUCUUCAGUUUCAGAAUAUCUAUAUGAUAUUUUGACCAGGGCCAGUGUGGUCAAGAAGAAAAUUCCAGUUCUCAUCUGUUGCAACAAAUCUGAUAAAGUGACUGCACAUACCAAGGAGUUCAUCAGAAAGCAAUUAGAAAAGGAAAUUGAGAAACUAAAGGCAUCAAGAAGUGCAAUAUCGGCAGCUGAUAUUUCAAAUGACUUCACACUAGGAGUACCCGGAGAAGUAUUUACGUUCUCUCAGUGUAGAAACGCGGUUACCAUUGUCGAAGCUUCUGGUUUGAAGGGUGAAAUAGCACAAGUAGAACAGUUUAUCAGGGAGCAUGUAAAGCCCUAAAGGCUAAAAGGAUUCUGAUUUAUUUUUCUGUAGAACUCUCUUUCAAGCUGGUUUGAGUAUUUCAUAUUGAACGCUGAAGAAACCCUGGAAAACCAUUGAAUUUGUAAGGAACGGAAGAGGAAAAUUUCAAUUCAAACAGAUUUAGAAAAUUUAAGUUGAUUUUA